UCUCGUGUCAAAAGGAUGGUUCUCCGCAUGGAUAUCAGUGUUCUUUUUAUUAUUUUCUUACUUGCAGCUCCAAGCACAGUUUGGACAUGGAAUUUGGACGUUCGGCCGGAGAGAAUCUUUAGAAGUCUACCGAAAUCUUAUUUUGGUUAUAGUUUGAAUGUCUAUCAACCAAACGAAACAGCGACGGAAUGGCUAGUUGGAUCACCCGGUGAAAAUUCCUUUGAGGGAGCGCUUUACAAGUGUAGAACGCUUCACGCUGAAGCUGGAUUCAGUUGUGACAAAGUGGAACUCAUGGCACGCAAUCGUAAUGCCUAUGUCAUACCAAGAAAUGGAUGGCUUGGUGCUACGGUCGUUAGCAAUGGAGGAUUUGUUAUAGUCUGUUCCCCCCGUGCCGGCCCGCAAACUGAGGGGGAUUGCUACUCCAGUGAAAAUAACCUCAGUUCGUUUUCCAAAAUUCAGCUUCCUUACCCUCGACGUGUUUGUUUGUCGGGAUUUUCAGCCGCCUACUCGCCAGGCGCAAAGGCUCCUCGAAAGCCUUUUCUUGGAGGGCCUACUUGCUACCGCCAGGACAAACCCUCAACUUCUUUGAGUUUGAUAUUCCCCGCUCUUUACCCCAAGUUAGAUCAAUGGUACUUGGGCUACGCAAUGGCGUCAGGCAUCUUCGGAAUAAAACAAUUUGAACAGGGAGAAUUCUUACUCCUAUCGGUUGCUUUCCAUAUUGCUUCUUCUUUCGCUGGAAAGGUGUACUUACUGGAGAAGGAAACUAAAGAAGAGUUGGCAAGUCUACUAGGUUCUCAGCCGGGUGAACACUUCGGAGCUUCUCUAGCCGUAUCGGAUAUUAACGGUGAUGAACGGGAUGACAUUAUUGUCGGCGCCCCCCACUACACAGAUUAUGAAAGUACCGAUGCUAAAGUUGAAGUUGGCGCGGUCUACAUUUACUACCAAACACCGGAAAACACCUAUAAACAAAAUAGCUCUCAAGAACUCAAAGGACAAGUACCUGGUGGUAGAUUUGGGUAUUCUGUAGCUGGUAUUGGCGAUACGGAUGCUGAUGGGUACAAUGACGUGGCAAUUGGAGCACCGUACGAGAAUGAAGGAUUUGGAACGGUUUACAUUUACUAUGGAACAAAUAAUGGCCUUAGAGAUCGUCCUAGUCAGGUUAUUUUCGGAAAUGCAUUUAACCCACCUAUACAGACGUUUGGAUUUGCCAUAACUGGUGGAGAUUUUGAUGGUAAUAGAUACAGCGAUGUGGUCGUCGGUGGCUUCGAAUCUGCUGCUGUGGCUUACAUCCCAGCCCGUCCAAUAGCCAAAAUUACUAGCAAACUAAAUUUCGUCUCCGACAAAAUCAAUCUAGAAAAAAACAGUCAAUGUUCCAUUACUAAUUCUUCUGACGGCGUAACAAAGAUACCUGUGGCAUGCGAUGAUAUCAGCUUCUGCAUAACAUACUCCGGUUUGAGCGUUGCGAACCAAGUGGAACUCCGCGUUUCAAUAUUAUUGGACUCCAACGCUGAAAAGGGCAAUCGUCGGAUAUUUUUCUAUGAAAAUAAUCAAGAACAACUUACUCAAAAUAUAAUUUAUAAAGCGGGAGUGAAGAAGUGCCUUAGUAAAACAUUCUAUGUUACACCUAACGUCCAGGACGUAGCUUCUACCGCGCAAGCAAGAAUGACUAUCGAGCUUACUACUAAAAUACCAGAACCCAAUCAACUGUUGCCAAUGUUUGCAGGAGACUUUGAUAAAAUCGUUUCAAACAACUCACUUGUCUUUAUGGUUUCUGGUAAAACAGCCUCCUUUGCCGAUGCAACUCCUUGGUGGAUCUACUUGGUCAGUGCUUUGGGAGCCGUUCUAAUUCUUUCUAUUAUUACUGGAGUUUUAUACAAGCUUGGCUUUUUCAAGAGGAAAUUACCGCCCAGCGAACAAAAAGAUGAUGAUAAUCUGACGCAAGCCUCAAAUGAAGACAUGUAAGGAUAGACAAGUGAAUGGUGGGUCAAUGACGUCAAAUGGUCUUCAGUUUCGCCUCGAAUUGUGUAACUAUGGAUUU